GAAGAACAUUGUUUGUUUGAAGUCUAUGGAGUCUAAAUGCAACAGAUAAUAUGCAAAGGCAACGUUUGGUUUCUGAAGCGAUGCGCUCCCCUCGCUCCCUUCUCCUGACAUGGGUCAUCGUCAUAUGUUAUUUUAUGACCGGCCCGUACCAUUGCAUGGCAUCCCAGAAGAAGACAUCCUGCAGCGUGCAAGAUGGCAGAGCUGACUGCAGCCACCUCAGCCUCAACGCAACCCCUCAAAACCUUCCCAGGAACAUCACCAGCCUGGAUAUGUCUCACAACAGACUGGUGGGGAUUUCCCCUGAGUCUCUAAGCCCAUACAAUGGACUCCUCCACCUCGAUGUCAGUUACAACAGUAUCACCAAGCUGGAUGUGCGUUUGUGCCAGACGCUGCCCCAGCUGCAGACGCUAAUCAUAGAACACAAUGAAGUGCAUCUGCUGAAGAAGGACGAUCUGAGCCACUGCACCAGUCUAACACGGUUGAAUAUGGCUAGUAAUAGGCUAAAGCUUCAAGGAGAGCCCUUCUCUUCACUAAAGAACCUGCAAUUUCUUGAUGUUUCCACAAACAAACUGCCUUCAGCCAAGCUCAGCUCUCAGCCUCAGCUGCCCAGCCUUGUGAACCUCAAUCUGGCAUUCAACGACUUCAGCACUCUGGAGAAAGAUGACUUUUCUUUCCUUAACCAUUCACCCUUUCUACGAGUCCUCAAUCUCUCGACUCUGCCUCUAAAAAAAUUGGAGCCCGGUUGCCUUGAUCCCAUUUCAGGCCUACAUACGUUAAUCAUGGAUGGGAGUAAUAUGGACAGUCAGGUCAUUUCCAAACUCUGCUUAGAGUUGUCAGGGACAUCCAUUGAGACCCUGUCUCUUCAGAAGGUAAAGCUGGUCACACUCUUGAACACAACCUUUACAGGGCUGCAGAAAGCAAACUUAACCUUUCUGGAUCUGUCCCAUAAUGGCAUGGGUAAAAUUGAGGAAGGCUCAUUUCAGUGGCUGCCCAGACUUCAGAUUUUAAUUUUGGCCAACAACAACAUCAAGCACCUGACCAAGGACACAUUUCAGGGGCUCAAAAGUCUGAAAAAACUCCAAAUGACAAAAGCUCUGGUGAGAGGUCAUACCUCCUCAACCCCGAUUAUUGAUGAUUUCUCCUUCCAACCAUUAAGUGCCCUGGAGAGUUUAACAUUACAGCAAACUGCAAUUCGGGAAAUCACAGCGAACACCUUUACAGGUUUGACAAGCCUUCAGGAACUUGAUAUGAGCUGGAGUACUUGUGCAUCGCUCAGAAGCAUCAGUAACAAAACCUUAGUCUCUCUCGCAGGAUCGCCUCUCAGACAGCUAAAUCUGAGAGGAACAGCUAUAGGAGAGAUUAAUCCUGGAAGCUUCUCUGUUUUGGGAAACCUCACCAUCCUCCUUCUAGAUCAUAAUUUUAUAAGUCAAAUUCUCACUGGCGAAGAGUUUAAAGGCCUUGGUCAGGUUCAAGAGUUACACAUGAGCGAUAACUACCAGAAAGUCAAACUCAGCUCCACUUCAUUUGUUAAGGUGCCCAAUCUUAGGGUCCUGACUUUGGGAAAAAGCAUUAAUAUGACAGCUUCCAAACUGGAUCCCUCUCUAUUCAAGCCCCUGUCCAACCUCACCGUCCUGGAUCUCAGUAACAACAACAUCGCAAACAUCAUAGAGAAUACGUUUGAGGGGCUUGUGAACCUGAAGGUGCUGAAGCUCCAACACAAUAACUUAGCCCGGUUGUGGAAGAGUGCCAACCUAGGUGGGCCAGUGUUGUUUCUCAAAGGGGUACAGAACUUGAUCACCUUACAGAUGGAUAGUAACGGGCUGGAUGAGAUCCCAGAGGAGGCUCUGAGAGGUUUGAGCAACCUCAGUGAACUAAGUCUCUCAAGCAAUCUCCUAAACAGUUUUAAGGACUCCGUUUUUGAUGAUCUAACAUCAUUGCGUGUUUUACGUUUACAGAAGAACCUGAUCACAACUGUGAGGCCCGAAGUGUUCAAAACUCCGAUGAGAAACCUCAGCCUACUUGUCAUGGACAAAAAUCCAUUUGACUGCACAUGUGAGAGCAUCCUGUGGUUUGUCAGAUGGUUGAAUAACACAAAUGUUACCAGAUUGCCAAACCUCAGGGACCAGUAUACAUGCAACACUCCACGUGCUUACUUCAAUCAAUCAGUCAUGGAUUUUGACACCCUCUCUUGCAAAGAUAUGACCCCUUUUCAGGCUCUUUACGUACUGAGCAGCACAGUUGUCCUAAUGCUGAUGGUAACUGCACUUGUGGUGCGGUUCCAUGGCUGGAGGAUUCAGUUUUAUUGGAACAUACUGAUCAAUCGCACAUUAGGAUUUAGUGACGCCAGCGUUGAAGAGGGCAGGGAAUUUGAAUAUGACGCUUACAUCAUACAUGCAGAAGAAGACAGCCGCUGGGUGGAAAGGAUGAUGGUCCCCUUAGAGAAUGAAAGGUGCAGGUUUUGUUUGCAGGACCGAGAUGGAGUCCCUGGAAUGCCACUGCUUGAAUCCAUUGUGGAUAAUAUGAAAAUGUCCAGGAAAAUCUUGUUCGUCGUCACUGAAAGUCUUCUCAAAGAUCCCUGGUGUAGACGAUUUAAAGCCCACCACGCACUUAACGAGGUCAUUGAAGCCAGCAGGGACUCUGUGGUUCUGGUCUUCCUGCAGGAUGUGCACGACUACAAGUUGUCUCGCUCACUCUUCCUCCGCAGGGGCAUGUUGCGCUCGAGAUGCAUCCUGGACUGGCAUUGUCAUAAGGAGAGGGUGCCGGCCUUUCACCAGAAGCUCCUCAUUGCACUUGGCAUGACAAAUCGAUUGAAGGAGUGACUGUUUUUUAUUGAUAAUAGUGGCAAAUUUCAAUUGUAAUAAUAAUAAUUACCAAAGUUUGUCAAAUUAUUACUAAUUGCUACCAAUCGCUGAUUGUUUUGUGGUCUGUAUAUGGAACUUGUCUAACUAACUGGGGAAUUAAUGAAUCAGACAGAUCCCCCUGUCAAACCACCGAUCAGUAAUUAAGGAAAUCUCUGUUCUUCCGCUGCGUUUGUUUCGAACUCAGUCUUUGUUUUGAAACUCAGACAGUUAUGCCUGAGAUUUAGUGGAUUCUGAACAGUGGUCUGAAUUAUGGCUUCAUCUUUAUCCAGCAGCCACACAGCUCCCAUACUGGUCCACUUGGUCCCUGAAGGCAUGUCACUGAUGCUGGAAUAUACUGUUAUUAGUGUGUGUGUGUGUGUGUGUGUGUGUGUGUGUGUGUGUGUGUGUGUUUAACAUUUGUUGUUUACCUGUUUAAUUAAGGCAAAAGUGUCAUGUUUUCCAGUACUGUUUUCAAAAACGCACAAUGUAAAGUAUAAAUGAUAUCAAAUCUAUUGCAAGUAAUUUAAUGAUGCAGUCUCUUAAUAAAGUGUUUGCUAAAAGGUUGGCUCAUUUUCAGUGAAAAAUUAAUUAAAAGUAAUUAAAAUCAUUUAAUUGAGGUGACAUACCAUUUGAUGGU